GAGAUGGGGGAGUCAGUAGCGAGGAAGAGGAUGAUCAUCACGGUAGAGAUGAUACAUGACUCUGCCAUAGCCAUCAUUCAUGGUGUACCGGUGUCAAUACAUAACUGUAGUGAGAUGGUGAGUAAUAUUGGUGUAGUGACAUUGAUGGUGAUCCACCCAGCUACCGCCCACAUCCUGCGUACUUACCACCACCCAUCCCACGCCCACGCCGGCCCACUACAACGCUUCCUCACCACCCUGCAGUAUGGGCGGCUCCUCCUCGUCACUGCCUCAGUGUUGUGGAUGGAGGAUAGUGUGAAGGAGAUAUUGACACAGCUGGGAGCUACCAUACCCCAUGUGCCUAGGUGGGAGAGGGCAGUGUGGGCGUGGAUGGGCGUUGUGGGUGGCGGUACAUUGGCCCAGAUGGCUGCUUCUUCUCACUUCCUAGUCCACCAGCGUGCCUUCCUUGAAGUAUUAUUACCCAGGACCCCAGAUGAACCCUGGUGUCCAGGUGUACGCCCACCCAGCGAGGAUGGGCGGCGAUGGGCGGCACGGGUGGCGCUGUGUACAGCUUACGAUGGUUAUGGUGACUGGUGUUCCUGCCCGCCACCAUCAUUACAGACAGCAGUAGCACCCGAAGUAGCACCACCCAGACGAACUUACAGUCACAUCUCUCAGGAAGGAGACUUGGAUGAUGCAGUGACGGUGAUAUUAGCCAGCAGACCUGAAUCACUACAUAGAUUACUGAUGCAGGUGUGGGAGGCUGGUGUUCAUCCCACACACGUCAUUGUCUUCACCAGUGAUGCUACUCAAGAAAUGCGCCAGGUGUGUGAGAGUCAUGGUGUAUACCUGGAGGAGACACAAAGGUCAUCAGACUGUGCUGCUCUACACAUAACUCUCCUCUAUGAGUCCGCACUCACUGCAGCACUUGUACUCAGACCAAGAGCCGAGUACUUCAUCACUCUAGAGGACGACAUGGUACUCAAGCCUACCUUCUAUAGGUGGAUGAGUGAGGGCAGGCGAGCAGUGGCUGAGGGCAGCAGCAGCAUCAAGCAACACCACUUGUUGUGUGUGAACAGCAUGAGACCUGAUACCACUUAUACUCUCUACACCUACCACCACCCACCCCGCCCACCGCCGCCCACCACACCUCACACCCACGUCCAUGCCACCCACCAUGCCACCCACUCGCUCACUACUGGCACCCACCACUACCAAACAUCAAUUACCAAGUUAUCACACUACAUUAACAGCAGUGGUGCUGACCCAAGCCACUUCAAUAGCAGUAGCAGCAGCAACAGUAGUAGCAGCAACAGUAGUAGCAGCACUCACUACUUUGAGAUAGACAAAGUAACAAGUAGUGUGAACAAGGCUGCUGACAGUUUGUUACAGUCAGUAACACUGAGAGAGAAUAGUGUAAUUAACACACGUCACCCACAACACUGGAAAGAAGAGAAAUCAAUAGAAAAGAAUGAGCAGGAAGAAGAAGAGGAGGAGGAGGAAACAGUGAAUGAGGUUGCUGCUGAGUCCAUAUCAAGCUUCCUAGCUGGCUGGGGUGCUGAGAGACCUGUGGUAGAAGCUAUGAUCAGGCUCUGGCCUCUAGCAGCGCAGGGAGUCACUCGUCAUCCCUUAAAGGAGAAUAUAAAAAAUUAAUGAAGGAAGCAUGCAAUCAGGCUAUAGAAGUUCUCCGAGGGGGCGGGAACGCCGUAGAUGCAGUUUGCACGGCCACACAGGUCUUGGAAGACUCUCCACGUACCAAUGCUGGCUUUGGCUCUUCCUUGACAGCUGAUGGUAAAUUCCUCCAGUGACUGGCUAAUUAUUUUGCUGUGGAAUGAUUGAUAAUGGAAUUCUGUAACCAUAAGUUAUAGAUGUAGUAAAGUACCCUUUUAUUAAUAAUUUAUUGUAAUUGAAAGGCAAGUGGUAAUGUAUGUUGCAGUGAAGUUGCAAGCAUUUAUAGUUUUGUUUCAUGAAAUAAACUGGAGUUACAAUAUUGUAUUAAUCAGAAGUGUGUGAAAUCACAUCAUGCAUCUAUAUGAUUGGUGCCACUGGUGCUUAUGUAGAUCUACACAUAAAUCAUAGCACCCUCAGAUAUGCUCUGAAUGGCAAAUAUUGGCCUAAACAUGAAACAAUAGGUGUGUGCAGUAUAAAAAAAUAAAUCUUGCCCCAUGCAGUGCAUGAAGGGAACAGUUAACCUCUGACCAUGUUUUUGGGUUAAAAUAGUGACUUUGGAACAUUUUCUAGGAUGGCUCAUGGUUUAAUUUGCUCUUUCUUGGCACCAGUUAGUAGUCUUAAAGACAUGCUAGUGAAAUGGAGAUGACCUUGGAUGGUUUCAGAUUGUAAGUGGCCUGAGAAAUAGUCAGUUUUUGGUAAUUUUUCUGAGGAGGGGUAGGGUCCCUUUACCCUUAGUCUGUCUAGGAUAACCUAAACCAUGAUCAAGCAUUCUUGUUUAUGGUUUGUUUGCCAAGAAUUAGAUAAGCAGUGAGUGGUAGAUUUGGGCCUAGAUAUGAGAGAAUGGGUUUGUGUGGUAAGUGUGCACCAAAUAAAAAAAACCUGCAGCAAGCAGUGCA